UGUUUCCUGUCACGUGAUUACAGGUAAAACUAGGAAGAAAAGAACGCGAAGGUAAACAACGAACACAGAAAGAGAAGAAGACUGACCUGCAACCAUGCCUACAGCCACAUCUGAGGCAUUAAGUGCCAUUGAGGCCAUUGAGUUUCUGGCAGAUCAGCUUGAUGAACUUUACGAUGUGGGUGCUCAGCGAACAGAGAUUGCAUUUCUCAAAAAUAUUUUCACAGACCCAUCAUUUUUUAAAGUCAUUAAUAUUCAUGAAGACCUGGAGGUCAUGAUGCCCCCAUCCAAAGAAAAAGAUUCAGUUUCAUGUGCCAGGGAUCUGCUGACUGAUUUAGAUGAGGCUGAAGAUACCAACGAGGAUGCAGCAGAGUUGAAGGAGAUCUUAAGCAAUCCUCAUUUCAGGGCACUUUUAGUUGUUCAUGAUGAUAUAGUGAACAAAAACUUUGAAGGAGACAUUGACAAGACCCAGGAGAUCACAAAGGGGCCACAGCUACUGUCACCUUUACCCCCAGUGUUCAACUCAACUCCAGAACAAGUUCGUUUUGUAAACAUUAGGAAAUCUCAAACAGAACCUUUGGGCAUUACGGUUAAAUUAGAUGAAAUGAACGAACUUCAGGUUGCUAGGAUUUUACAAGGCAGCAUUGUGGAUAGACAGGGUAUGUUACAUGUUGGAGAUAUCAUUCGAGAAGUCAAUGGUGUUCCAGUAGCCACACCAGAAAUGAUGAUGGAUCUGAUCAUAGACUCUGACCCUGACAUCACCUUAAAAAUUACUCCAUCUUUUGUCCACAUCAACAAGGCUGAACCAGUGUACAUGAAGGCACAUUUCAAUUGGGACCCUAUGAAAGACCGUUUGUUGCCUUGCAAAGAGGCAGGGCUUCCAUUUAAUGAUGGUGACAUUUUGGAGAUUGUGUUCACAGAUGAUACAAAUUGGUGGCAGGCACGUCUGGCUGAAUUACCUGAUGGCCCAGUUGGUCUCAUUCCAUCUCAGGCUUUGGAAGAAAAAAGAAAAUCUUUUGUUAACCCUGACCUAGAUCAUUCCAAGAGCAGUUUGUUUUGUGGUUUGACCAAGAAAAAGAAGAAAACAAUUAAAUAUAGUUCUAGAGAUAACAAAGAAUUUGACAAAGCUGACGUGAUGGUCUAUGAAGAAGUUCGACGCAUGGCACCUUUUGAACGUCCAUUUUUGGUCUUGGUAGGAGCCAAAGGUGUUGGCCGCCGUUCUCUGAAAGAGCGACUGAUCAAAGAUGACCCAAGAAGAUUUGGCACACCUAUAGCACACACUUCCAGAGCUCCUAGAGAUAAAGAGGUAGAUGGCCAGGGCUACUACUUCACUGACCGGGAGUCCAUGGAGCGGGACAUCCUGGAAAACAAAUAUAUAGAGUAUGGUGAAUUCAACUUUAAUUUGUAUGGCACUAGAAUUGAUUCAUGUUGGGAUGUGGUCAAGUCUGGCAAGAUGUGUGUUCUUGAUGUCAGCCCUUCAGCUCUGAAGAUCUUAAAAAAUCAGGAGUUUAUGCCUUACAUAGUAUUCAUAGCCGCGCCUAGUGUAGAGGCUCUCAAGGUUAUGUACGAGGAAGGGCGCAGAGGUGGCAGAAUGAAAGGUGCUGUAGAGCUGAAGAGUGAAGAUGACUUUAUUGCUACUGUCAAAGAAAGCGCUGAGAUUGAGCGCAAAUUUAACGGCUACUUUGAUGAGAUCAUUGUCAAUGAUAACUUUGAAGAAACCUACCGUCUGCUCAGGAAAUCUUUGGCAGAGAUGACAUCAAAACAACAGUGGGUGCCAGUGAACUGGAUACAUUAGAUGCCACCUGUCAUCUCUUACAUGACCGUUACAGUUUCCUUAAGAGGAAAUGUGUCUCCCUGUUGAAAAGUUUGCAAGCUAACCUGACAUGAUAUUGUUUUAGUGAUGGUGUUGUGAUUUACAAACGUAAUAUACACAUGAUUUUGUUUAAGGUUUGUAGUAGAUCUUAGCUGGUUAAGGAGCCUUCACUGAAAUCUCAUGUCAUUAUGUCAUUUGACUUAUAAUUUUUUUAUUUUUUUGUUUGUUAUUGAAGCUCAUAUUUUUUACACAUAUAAAAAAAGAAUUGAUUUUGAUUUUGUUUGUUGACUGUGUUGUGGUUUUAAGUAUAAAAAUAUGCAAGACUGAAUGAUGGUUGAUGUGAAAGAUGAUUAAGAAAUGGAAUGUUUACAAACCGCUAUAUUUAAUGUUUCAACCAGUUCUCUAUUUAAGUUUUUGUUACUUGUAAUCAUGAGAUAAAAAAAAAACAAGCAACUAUAUGUUUGAUGAAGCAAUAAUCAACAUUAGCCAUAUACAUGUUAUGUUUUUUAUAUUUAUUUUUUUUCAUAAGCUACAAAAUCUCACAUUUCAUUUGUCUCAGAUAAACAGUGCUUCCGUGCUGACACUCCUUGUAUUUUAAUUUGAUAAUAACUAUAUGCCCCCCCUUUCACAUAUUAGGUCGCACAAUAGCAGAAAAGUGUUAAAUGUGGUUUGGUUGGGUGUAAUUCUACUCUGCAACAAUAGAAUUUGUUCAUUUUUUAAAAUAAUGUUACCAUUUUAAGUGUAGAUUUAGUACCUUGUUCUGAGGGUACCGUUUACUGUAAACCAGUGAAUAGUUUGAUAUUCAUUUGAAUUGAGCACCAUUAUUUCCUAGCAUGUAGAAAUUAUGAGAAUAAAAAGAGGUGUUUUAAAAAUGCAUUAACAUGUACCAUGAAACAUCUUAUAAAAUGUUGUAGAGUUAUCUAACUCAUGUUACUGAUCUUAUGAUUUACCAUUACAUGUCAGAUUAUGUAUGUCUGUUUGUUAUUUAAUGCAGCAAGAAAGCCUAGCAUGUAGAUCCUUUCUAUCCUCCCUGAAUACUAGGGCUUAGUUUCAUGUUUUUGUGCAUUGAAAACUCAAUAAAUGGUGACAAUGUAUUGGCACUGUUAUUGAAUUGAAUCAAAGUAUAUGAUAAUAGAGAGUUUUUGUUUUAAUUGAUAGAUUGUCAGAAGUAAAGGUUGAUGUGAAGGUAAUUUGAUCUUUGUCUAAAUAAGGAACAACUGUGGAGUUACCUCAUAUAGUCUUCAGUUCUGUUUUAAAUCAGGAACGCAAUUACCAUUAAUGUAUAUAAAUGAUUUGUUUUAUAUAUAUAAAUACAUAUCUUACAUUUUUAUUGAGAUUUUUUACUAUUUUUGUAUAUGUCUUGGAGGCAUUUUGACUUGAAGAUGUUUUCAUAGAAAUAUUUAAUAUAAUAGCUUGAUGCACUUGGCUUUAUGGUCAUGUGGUGGUCACUCUGGUUCAAAACAAGUGGUCUUCAGCUCAAAUCCUGGUCUGAUGUUUUAUUCAGAAUUUUAUCAGGUCCUUCAGUCUAAUUGGCUGUAAUUGGUGCCUGAUCUUUUGAGGGAAAGUAAAGGCCAUUGGUUGCUCUGUGUUAAUUGUGUUACUCACUGGAGAUGACCGUUGGCUACUUAAGCAGAAAAGCUAAUCAUCAUCUACCCUACUGACUUUUGGGGUACCCUACUGACCAUUAGGUCUGGAAGGGAAACUUUUCCUAUAUUUAUGUAUAUGAAGCAAAAGCCUUAUCCCCCACCCUCCCUACAUUCCAUAGCCUGCCUUUGUUUAUAUUCCAUGUAACAUUAUUCUCUAUGUUAAAUAAAAUUUAACCUUUUCUUUUUCUAAAA